AUGUCUGUAACAGACACCCGGUUUCCUGCUCUAUUGGAGCAGUUUGCCGUGGAUUUACAGAGUCCAAAUGAAGAUACACGUCGUCGAGCAACAGAUGAACUUUACGAACGUAUUAUUUCACAAUAUGCAGAUGCUCCAUCUGAUGUUGUUACAGUUAUUGCUGAACAGGUACAAGAAUUUGUAAGAAAUAAAAUGGCUAAUCCAAAUGAUGUCAAUGAAAAUCGCGCCGCUCUUCUUGUUAUUCUAUGUUUUGUUUGUGCUGGACAAAAUUUUUAUACUGAAUUAAGUAAUAAAUUAGAACCAACAUUACGUGGUUAUAAACAAAUGUCAGUUGAUGCUAAUCUAUGUGAAUUAGUUGUCAAAUUAACAUGCAUACUCGUUAAAGGUUGUGGUCGAAUGAGUAUCGAUCAAUUUUCACUAGAUGUUCCUAAAGCACUUGAACGUAUCUCGCGAGAAGAACAACAUGAAACAAGACGUUAUAGUGGUAUAACAAUAUUAAAAGAAAUAGCUAUAGCUGCUCCAUCACGUUACUAUCAUUUAAUAACACCAGUUGAACAAUUUUUUGAACAACUUUUUGGUACAAUGACAGAUCCAAAACAAUAUAUUCGUGAAGCAUUUGCUGAAACAAUGCAAGCAACAUUAGUUGUUCUUAUUGAUCGUGAACGUGAAGAACAAAAAAAUAAUAAUAGUGAUAUAACAACUGGUCAAGAUUUAACAAGUAGUAAUACAAGUUAUGCAAUAAAUACAGAAUCAAAUACAUUUUUAAAAGCAUAUAAUAUGGCUUAUAAUGAAGCAAUGAAAUGUUUACAAGUUGAGACAACAACAAAAAAUAAAAAUGCACAAAGAGAAGAUCGAAUUCAUGGUGGACUUCUUUUACUUAAUGAAUUAUUACGUGUAUCAGAUGUUAAAUUUGAAAGUAUCUGUCAAGAUUUAAUUCAACCAUAUAGUGCACCAAAACCAAAACCAAUUUCAUAUAAAGAUGUUCAUCGUUCUCGUGUUGCUUUAACAUUCGAACGUACUGGUCCAUUAUCUCCAAUGGAUAUUAUUGAUAAUCCUGAACAAUCUCAAAUUCAAGUACAAUCAUCUUUAAUUCGUUCAAUUAUGCUUGAAAAUUUUGUUAAUAUUUGUAAUCAAGUAUUUCAAUAUCGUCAACAACCAAAAUCUAUGAUACCUAAUGUUUUAAUUCGUAUAUUACCACGUUUAGCAUCAUUAGAUUAUCGAUGGUUUUCUCAUCAACCCUAUGUCGAUGCUACAAUGACAUUUAUAUAUGAACGUAUAAAUUCUCAUGAAUUAAAAGAACGUCAAUUAGCAUUUCAUGCAUUAGGUUUAAUGAUAUUAUCGGAUAAAACAAGUCGAAUAAAUGAUACAGAUUCAUUAAUAACAACAACACCAUUAACGAAAGAUAUGACGAAAAUAUUUGAAUGUUUAAAACAAACAUUUAUUCCAAUAUCAUCAACAAAUACUUCAAUAACAUCUGGACAUGCUCAUCGUCGACAAAAUUCAAAUCAAUCAUCAUCAUCAUCUCAACAACAACAACAAUCAUCAAUAAAUAAUUUAUUACCAUGUCGAUAUUCAUCACCUGAUUCAAGUGUAUUUGCAUGUAUAACAAUGAUUGGUGAAGCUGGACCAGAUGCAUCAAAAUGUUUAGAUAAUUUAUUAGAAUAUUUAUUACAUUGUGGUUUAAAUCAUUCAUUAUUAUUUUGCCUGGAUAAAUUAUGUUCAAUGCCAUUAAUACAUACAGAUACAAAACGUAAAAUUCAUCAAGGUUUAUUAGAAAAUCUUCGAUCAAUUCUAUCUAAUCCAUUAGCAUAUAAUCCAAAUUUAACAAAUGGACAAAGUGAUAUUAUACUUAUUGCUUUACAAACAUUAAGAAUAUUUGAUUUUGAAGCACAAGCUAUUGAACCAUCUUUUAUUGAUAUAUUAAAUCAACGUUUUAUUGAACAUGAUAGUGUACGUAUAAGAAUUGAAUCAAUUAUAACAAUAACACAUUUAUUAAGAAAAUUAUUAUUACCACCAUCACAAGCAAGUCUAUCAACAAAUACAACUACGUCAUUAAUAGCAGCUAAUAAAUUACGAAUUAAAAUUGGUGUUAUUACACAAAGAAUAUUAACAAUUGGUGUUACUGAUUUAGAUCCUGAUGUACGUUAUAAUGUUUUUUUAACAUUACAAGAUGAUUUUAAACAAUUCUUAGCUAAAUCUGAAGCAUUAGAAUUAUUAUUUUUUUCUGUACAUGAUGAAUGUCAUGAAAUAAGAGAAUUAGCUUUAAGUCUUAUUGGACGUUUAUCAAAUAUAAAUCCAGCUUAUGUUUUACCACCAUUAAGACAUUUAUUAUUACAAUUAUUAACUGAAUUAGAAAUUGGAUGUUCAUUAAGUGGAAAAGAACAAGCAUCAAGAUUAUUAGGACAAUUAAUUGCAAAUACACCAAGAAUUGUUAGACCCUAUAUGCAAUCAAUAACUCAAGCACUAUUACCAUUAAUAAAAUUACAUGAACAACAUUCAAAUGUUCUUAUAGCCUUAGUACGAACAGUUGGUGAACAAGCACAAGUUUGUGGUAUUGAUCUUGACCAACGUAUACAUGAUUUAUUUCCUAUAUUAAUAAAUAUGAUGCAAGAUACAUCAAAUUAUCGUAAACGUGAAGUAGCAUUAUGGACAAUUGGACAAAUUGUUGAAAGUUGCUGUUAUGUUAUUGAACCAUUACAAAAAUAUCCUAUUUUACUUGAUGUACUUUUACAAUUUUUAAAAUCUGAAGAAACACCAUUUCGUCGUGAAACAAUACGUGUUCUUGGUUUUCUUGGCGCAAUUGAUCCUUAUCAUGUACGAUCAAGUAAUGAUCCUUUACGUUCAUUAUCAUAUGAUGUUAAUGAUAUAACAUUAACACAUCGUGUUCGUGAUGAACCCGAUCCAAUAGAAAUAUCUUCAAAUGAACUUUUAGUUGCAUCCGGUGCCAUAUCUUUACAUGAUUUUUAUACAAAAAUGGCAAUUAAUGUUUGUCUUCGUGUAUUAAAAGAUUCUAAUACUCCACAAUUACAUUUAAAAGCUGUUCAAGCUAUAUCAAUAAUUCUUCAAUGGCUUGGAAGUACUUGUACACAAUAUGUUUCAUUAGUUUUACCACGUUUAUUAUCUGUUGUACGUAAUACUGAUGAUAGAAAUUUAGUCCCAUAUUUUCGUCAAAUAAAUAUUAUAAUAAUAUCAAUAAAAAGUUCUAUAACACCGUAUGUUAAUGAUGUUGUACAAUUAAUACGUGAUUAUUGGGAUAAUCAUUCAGAAUUACAAAUUUUACUUAUACAAACAAUUGAAGCAUUAGCAGCUGCAUUAGAUAGUGAAUUUCGUCAUUACAUACAUUUAUUAUUACCAUUUGUUAUGAAAACAUUUCGUAUCGAUACAAAUAAUGUUAAUAUAAAUCAAUUAUCAUCAUCAAAUCCAAAUCAAGAUAGACAAUUAAUCUUAUCACAAAUGUUUUCAACAUUAAAUAAAUUUGGUAAAACAUUAAAACCACAUUUUAAUGUUGUUUUACCAUCAAUAUUAGAUAUUGCAUCAACAACUUCCUAUCCAAUUAAAUUACGACAAGAAGCAUUAGAUACAAUUGAACAAUUAGCUGAUAAAGUUUUCUUAAGUGAUUAUGUAUCUGCUAUAUUACAAAUCUUAUUACGUAUUAUACGUAAAACAACACAAUUACAAAUGAAAUGUUUAGAUAUAAUAUUAAUAUUAGCACAACAAAUGGGUAAACAUUUUCUUGUAUUUAGUUCACUUGUAUCCAAAACAAUGGAUGAAAUGAAAUUACAACAUUCAAAAUAUGAAUUAUAUAUAUCCAAAUUAAAAGAUUCAUCAUUUGUUGAUGUACAAUCAGAAAUAAUAAUUAAUUCAAAUAAUUUAUUAAAUCAAACAACAGGUGAACAAAAAACAAAAGAUGAAAAAAUGUUAUAUACAAUGCGUACAGUUCAAUUAAGUGCACAUUGGACACAAGCUAUGCAAAGAAAUGCCAAAGAUUUACCAAUGUGGUUAAAUAAACUUCAACAACUUGUUUUAGAACAAUCACCUGUUUAUCCAUUACGUGCUAUGGGUACUUGUUUAGCUCAAGUAUCACCAUCAAUUCCACGUGAUUUAUUUAAUGCAUCAUUUAUAUCUUGUUGGAGUGAAUUAAAUUCUCAAGAUCGAGCAAGUUUAACAGCUGCAUUAACAUAUGUUUUAUCCGUAUGUGAUAAACCUGAUGUUAUACAAAUAAUAUUAAAUUUAGCUGAAUUUCGUAAUCAUUGUGAUUUAAAAUUAAAAUUAGAACGACAACAAAAAGGAAAUAAACGAGGUGAAGAUAUAAAUUUAAAUGAUACAAAUGAUGAAAUAAGCAAUGAUAAAGAAAAAACAACUAAAAAAGAUCAAAAUUCCGAUAAUGAUGAUGAUACAGAAAGAUCAUUAAUUAAUAUUCAUUUAUUAAGUGAAAAAGCUUUUUCUGUUCGAGCGUAUGCUAAAGCUUUAAGAUAUAAAGAAGAAGAAUUUCAAAAACAACAGAAUUCAUCGGUAAAUGAAGCAUCUAUUACAUCCGAUAUUGUUGAAUCAUUAAUUAGUAUUAAUCAUGAAUUACAACAAUCUGAAGCUGCAUAUGGUGCAUUACAAUAUGCUAAACAUAAUAAUAUUAAAAUCAAAGGUCUUUGGUAUGAGAAAUUAAAUCAAUGGGAACGAGCAUUAAGAAAUUAUGAAUUUUAUCGAACAAAUGAUUCAUCUAAUAUGGAUAUACAUAUGGGACGUAUGAGAUGUAUGCAAGCACUUGGUUCAUGGGCUGAUUUAAAAGAUUUAUCAAGUCAAGUAUGGGAUUUAACUGAACAAAUUCGUGAUGAACAACCUGCAGCAAUGUUACCAUUUACAACAAGUUUAAUUGAUAGAAAUUCUGCAUCAUCAGUAUUACAUCCUUCGCAAGGUAUGAUAAAUGGAAAAGAAUUAAAAAAAAUUCUUCAACAAAAAAUUGCACCUAUGGCAACACGUGCAGCAUGGAGUCUUGGUGAUUUAUCUGAUAUGGAAAAAUAUUAUAUUCAUAUACCAGAUACGAAAUUUGAAGGUGCAUAUUAUCGUGCUGUUGAUGCAAUUCGAAAUGAUAAUUAUAGACAAGCACAAGAUUCAAUUGAUUUAGCGAGAGAAUUAUUAGAUGUUGAAUUAACAACAUUAGCUAAUGAAAGUUAUAAUCGAGCAUAUUCAGCUAUGAUUAAUGCUCAACUUUUAUCUGAAUUAGAAGAAGCAUGGUAUUAUAAAAUCUUACCUGAACGUCGUCAAUCAAUAUGUGAAAUUUGGCAAAAACGUAUGCAAGGAAAUCAACCAAUCAUUGAUGAUUAUCAUCGUUUAUUAUUAACACAUUCACUUUGUUUACCCAUGGCACAAGAUCUUCAAUCUUGGAUUAAAUUAGCUAAUCUUUGUCGUAAAUCAAAUCGUUUAACAAUGGCUGAUUUUAUAUUUAAAGAACUUGCUCAUACAGUAUUAACUGAUCAAACAAAUAUUAAUCGUGAUAUAUCAAUAGUAAGUUCAAAUACCUAUCAAAGUCAAACAUCCCAUCAUUUUAAUGUUCAAGCAACAACAACACCAGCAUUUUCAAUUCCAUCACAACAAAAUUAUUAUCAUCCAUCAUUAAUUGAUCAACAAUUAGUUAAAUAUGAAAAAGCUAAAUAUGAUUGGCAUUGUUUAGUUGCAACACGUGAACGUCUUUUACUUGAAAGACAAAAUCGUAAACAAGUUUUUAAUAAUGAAAAUACACCAAUUAUUGAAAAUAGUCAUGCUGCAACUUCAAUGCCAUCAUCAUCAUCAUCUGCUAGUAUAUCAACAUCAGUAUCAGCAAAUAUUGAAAUUACAAAUUUCAAACUUGAACAAAAUCGUCAAGAACAAUUUAAAUUAAUUGAAGAAAUGAAAGAAAUGGUUACGAAAACAUGUUUACCUGCAUUAGAUCAUUUAAGAAAACAAGCAGCAACAACAACUGGAAAUGUUCAACAACAAAAUAUUAUUACAACAAGUGGAGGUACAACACCAGCUAUUACAGGAACAACAUUAACUGGACAAACUCAAACUAUUGGUGGUGCUGGACCACAAAUAACGCCACUAUUAAUAACAACAACAACAGCAACACCACCAUUAAAUUCUACUGCAUUUUCUUUAAUGACAACAACAUCCUUAUCAACAUCAUCUCAACCAAUAAAUCAACGUGAACAACGUCUUCGUCAAUUAAUAUCAAAAUGUUAUUUACGAUUAGGUACAUGGCAACAUGAAUUAUUUGGUAUGACUGAUGAAUUAACAUUAACUGAAAUUAUGAAAAAUUAUGAACAUGCUUGGACAUAUGAUGAAUCAAAUUAUAAAGCAUGGAAUGCUUAUGCUGUACUUAAUUAUGAUGCUGUCAAUCAUUUUAAACAACGUAUACAAGAUUUAUCACGUAAUAAUCAACCAUUAAAACCACCAUCUUCACCAUCAGUAGUUGUUGUUGUUGAUAAUGUAACAUCACCAUCACGUCAACAACCACAACCACCAUUAACACCACCACCACCACCAACACAAAUAACAACUUCUCAACAAUCAAAUCUUGAUGCAUCAAAUGAAACUUAUCCACAAUUAACAGCAAAAAUGAUACAUUGUACAAUUCCAGCUGUAAAAGGUUUACUUAAAUCAAUUUUACUUUCAAAAGCUAAACAUUGUUUACAAGAUACUCUUCGUUUAUUAACACUUUGGUUUGAAUAUGGACAAUAUCGUGAAGUACACGAAGCACUUGUUGAAGGUAUUCGUACAGUACCUGUUGAAGUAUGGUUACAAGUUUUACCACAAUUAAUUGCACGUAUUGAUUCUCCAAGACCAUUAGUUCAUCAAUUAAUACGACAUUUACUUAUUGAUGUUGGUCGGCAACAUCCUCAAGCUUUAAUCUAUCCAUUAGUUGUUGCAUCAAAAUCAGUUGUACGUGAACGUGAACUUGCAGCAAAUAGAGUUUUAAAUAAUAUGAGAGAACAUAGUCAUACACUUGUACAACAAGCUAUGGUUGUUAGUGAAGAAUUAAUACGAAUUUCAAUUUUAUGGCAUGAAAAAUGGCAUGAAGGUUUAGAAGAAGCAUCAAGACAAUAUUUUGGUGAACGAAGUAUACCAGGUAUGAUUGAAACAUUAGAACCAUUACAUGCAGCAAUUGAACGUGGAAGUACAACAUUAAAUGAACGUACAUUUCUUGAUUCAUAUAGUAAUGAUUUAUCUCAAGCUCAUGAAUGUAUUCGUCGUUUUCAACGAACUAAAGAUCAACGUGAAUUACAUCAAGCAUGGGAUCUUUAUCAUCAAGUAUUUAAACGUAUUCAUGCUCAAUUACCAAAUAUAACAUCACUUGAAUUAGAUUAUGUUUCACCACGAUUAGCAACACAUUGUCGUGAUUUAGAAUUAGCUGUUCCAGGUACAUAUGAACCACAUAAACCACCGAUUACAAUUCGAAGUGUUCAUUCUCGUAUAACAGUUAUAACAUCAAAACAACGACCAAGAAAAAUUAGUAUAACAGGUUCAGAUGGUUUUGAAUAUGUAUUUUUAUUAAAAGGACAUGAAGAUUUAAGACAAGAUGAACGUGUUAUGCAAUUAUUUGGUUUAGUUAAUGAGUUUCUUUCAGCUAAUGAUGAAACACGUCGUCGAAAUUUUAUUAUUCAACGUUAUCCAGUUAUACCAUUAGCACCAAAUAAUGGUUUACUUGGUUGGGUUGCUCACUGUGAUACAUUUCAUGCAUUAAUCAAAGAACAUCGUGAAAAAGCGCGUAUUAUGCUUAAUGCUGAACAUCGUUAUAUGCAAGCAAAAGCUCCACAUUAUGAUCAAUUACCAUUAAUUAAUAAAGUUGAAGUUUUUGAAUAUGCAUUGAAUUUAUUAGAAGGUGAUGAUUUAGCUAAGAUUCUAUGGCAUAAGAGUUCAAGUGCUGAAAUAUGGUUAGAUAGACGAUCAAAUUAUACAAGAUCGUUAGCAGUUAUGUCAAUGGUUGGUUAUAUAUUAGGUUUAGGUGAUCGUCAUCCAUCAAAUUUAAUGCUUGAUCGUGCUAGUGGAAAAGUUGUUCAUAUAGAUUUUGGUGAUUGUUUUGAAGUUGCAAUGACAAGAGAAAAAUUCCCAGAAAAAAUUCCAUUCCGUUUAACACGUAUGCUACGCAAAGCAAUGGAAGUAACAGGAAUUGAUGGAACAUUUCGUAUGACAUGUGAACAUGUUAUGGAUGUAUUACGAAAGAAUCGUGAUAGUCUUAUGGCUGUUUUAGAAGCAUUUAUUCAUGAUCCAUUAUUGAAUUGGCGUUUAUUAGAAAUUAAUAAUGAACAAAAUGGUGGAACAUCAAGUGUAAGUAAUAAAUCACCUCAAACAGGUCAACCACAACAAGCACAUUAUCAACCACAUUUAUCAACAGUUAAUGAAGAAGAUAAUGAACAUGAAAGUACAAUUGGUGGUACAACACAACAACAACAAAAUGUUCAACAACAAAAUCUUGUAACACAACCGGGUAGAACAAUACGAGCCGUUGAAAUAAUGACUCGUGUACGAGAAAAAUUAACAGGAAGUGAUUUUCAUCGAGAACAACCUGUGGAUAUUCCAACACAAGUUGAAUUACUUAUUAAACAAGCAACAAGUCAUGAAAAUUUAUGCCAAUCGUAUAUUGGUUGGUGCCCAUUUUGGUAA